AUGAAUUUCAAGGACCUCUAUUUGUUCGUCGGACCGCCCAUGACGCGCGGUCCUCCGCCGCUGCCUCUGUUGCCAUCGCUGCUUCCUACGCCUCCAGUACCAUUGCUCUCUGGUCAUUCAGUCUCAUCACUCCCCCCUACGCUGCCGCGACCAACGGGGUCGAAGAGACAACAAAAGCAGCGUCCCUGUCUCAAGCCACCUCGCCGCCUCAAACCAUACCAGCGCGAUCUAGACCGUCGAGUCAGGCCUCAACCUUACACUCGAGUAGGGUCCUACAAGGACGUGGAGCCCAAUUCGGGUGGAAUGCAAAUGAUAGUGUCGGAGCUCGAACUAGAAUGCCGGACCACAAUGAAAGACUACUGGUUUGGGUGCAAUACGUCGGUCAACACAAACGCACUAGACCCAGAAGCAGUUUGGACAACAGUGCUGGACAUGGGUCCACAGUUUCUUGCGCUUGAACCCAUAGCGGGAGAACACUUCUAG